UUAUUUUAAAUAAAGAAAACGAGUGUCAUAUAGAGAAAAUUCCUUUAUUCAUUGUUUUUUUUCUUGUUAGACAUUCCCUCGCUCAGCAAAGAUCCGACUCGUGGGAUAAUGUAAAUGUACGCGUUCCAGAUUCCAGAAUACACAGCUUUCCUUCAGGAGUAAAUUGUAGUAGCGACCCGCUUUUGAAUAGAAACAAAAAGGAUAGCGGCGGGUGUAUGAGGAAAAGUACGCUUCUUCGUAGGUUUUUCGGCUCGAUAAAACAAUUUCCUGAAUCAAAAAAUUUCGGCUCCACAGAAUGGCAAUUUUACAGAAAUAAAAAAAGUUUUCGCAGUCCACCUUCGUUUCAUUGUUCUCAAGAAUUAACUAAAUCACAAAGUCGAGGUUCGCUGAAUAACUUACCAACGGUUACAACCACAAAUUCAAAACAAAAACAACCUUUAGCGGUAAUACCUCCCGAAAAGAUUAAAAGAAAAAUUUGUUCUGUCGUCACAAACAGGGAAGUUUCGAGUCCAACGUCCUCCUCAAACAUUCCAAACUUUUCAUCCAAAGAUCAGAGCAAACCGUCUACAGAAAUUUACUCAACAACAACAACUCCUAGAAAUUAUUUAGAAAUGGAGAAGUGUACGAGUGCUUUUGAUACAUCUGAUUCCGCUUACACAAAAACUGCAGAAAGAAGCACUGAUGCUUCUAUAACAGCCUCAAACACAUCGAUAUUCUCGUUUCGUCUACCUAGACGCAAUAACAGCAGCAAUAAUAAUAAUGAUGAUGAUGAUAACAAUAAUAAUGAUGACGAUGACGACGAUGAAACGCUUAAUGAAAGUACAUUUUACUCUUCAAGAAUAAACUCCAACAAAAAUACAAUUCAAUCUCAAAAUACUGACAAUAACCAAACCGAACGGUUGAGCGAAGUAAUUGAAUCGUCCACUCAAACCAACGAUACAAGUAAUCUUAAUGUUAUUUCGAACGUACAAUUAAGUCGAGCUACUUUAGAAGCGAUCUUUACACACGUAUUAAAAGACGUCCAAAAUAUCAAAUCUGCUACUAACAGUACAAGUGCUACACCUGCUUUCUAUACUGUACCAUUAAAGACUGAACUUGUUAAUCCAACUCCGAAAACAAUUCACGUUAAACAAUUUCCUGUUUUUAACAUUAAGCCGGAAAACAUAAAGUCCCCUAUUCCAAAGAAUAAAAAUAAAGACAAGCAUGUGCUAACUAACAUUGAGUUGGAUAAGAACUUCGCAGAUGAAAAACCAAGUGGAAUCUCCGUACCUCGCUACUCAGCUGUUCCAGAAUCUUCUUCUAUGGAUGUUAAUGCUUCAUCUGAAGACGACCUCACGGAUAACGAUUCCGAUGUAUUGAGCAUUGCCGAUAGUUUAGAAGAGCAAAAGACCCCAAAGAAUGGCGACCAAAAGAGGCAGUACACUAGCGAGGAAUGGUCUCCUCUUCUUCCGGAUAACAGUCAUAAACAUAACGUUAAAUCUGCUUCGUUUUUCAUACCAAUGGGAACAAAAAACGUAGCGACAGAAACAAAACCAGUAGCCGAUCAUCUUCCAAAGAAAGUUAAAGAGAAGCUUUCCAGACGUCAACUUAGAAGGAUCCAAAAACAGAGACAAUCGAAACGGAAUUAUACGUCAUCGAAAUCGGAUAGCAAUUACGUAAGCGCUAGUGAGAAUGGUAAAAGUAUUUACUACAGUGAACGUCACAAAUCCGUGAAUGAUAAUUUAAGCUCGAAUAUUCCUUCCGAGUCGGAUACGAAUUUUGCAAGAAAGAGACGUAAACCCGAACUUCCAAGUAUUGAUUUUAUGCGAAGAAACCGAUCUGAAAGACUGCCUAGGAAAAAUAAAAAUAUUAAGAAGGAAGUUGAGGAUGCGACUAAUGAAAUAUUUCAACAGAACUCCAGCCAUUCCAUUUCUCAUAACUCAAAUUCAAAUAAGAAUCAAAAAAUAGAAGCUGAAAGUUUGGGUAGACGUAUAGAAAUUUUACAAAUAGUAGAAUGCGUCGACAGCGCCUGUUUAGAGAAUCAAUCUUCUAAACAUGCCAAGUCCAAAAUUCCUGUGAUGGUCGCUCCUAAAAUUUCCAAAAGUUUGCGAGAGUAUUUUCCGAAAAUAGACCAAAAACCAGUGUACCUCUCCGCAACUGGAGGAGACAGUCAAGAUUCAAAAAUAGACCAGCUAAUCGCAAAUAUUUUGAUAGACGCUCUCAAUCAAAAUGAUUCAAAUACUACUUUUCAGCAUCCUGACAGUCCCAAAUUAGUAAAAACAACAUACAAGUUCGAAGCACUUCCUACAUCGGCCAGGCAAAUAAAUGAAAAGUAUAAACAAACGUUCGAGGCAAUUCCAGAAGAAAAGAGUUCGUCGACAAUAUCGAAUGAAGAAUCCAUAAACAACGCAAGUGUCCAAGAAGAACAAAACCUGAACAAACCUGCUUCUGAAAAUGCAAAAUCUCCACUUGCUUGCAAUAAUUGUAACAAAUCCAAGCCAAACGAAAACUACAAAGGGAAAGCUGCGAUUGCAGGAGUUAAGGACGAAAAUUUCACGUCAAUACCGAAAGGAUGGAUUACAUUCUACAUGCUCCACAAAGGCCCUGAUUCUCCCGAAAGCACGUCAGAAGAAGGAUCGAAGAGUAACAAAAAGAAAGCAAAAAAAACGAAAAUAGACAUAGGAGCGCAAAUCGUGGCUCAUACGAAAUCAAAAGAAGCAACAACAGAAAGUCCACCAAUGGAACAAUCUCACGAAGAACACGGAAAAUCAAAAGAAAACUGUAAAAAUUUAGCAAAAUUAGAUAACGAUAAGAGACCAUCAAAAGAAGAAUCUGAGACAAAUGUUGAAUACAGCGAUAGUGCCACAAGCGAAGAUGGGUGGUCCCUGACUUUCAGUACAUCCAGUAAAUGUGGCAAAUUUCCAGAAAACCUACAAAUGCGUUUUAAAAUACUCAGAAGCUCUUGUCAAAACUGCCAUCAUACGUGCUCUUGUUCCAAAAGUACACCACGCGAUCGUAACGUGAAAUUUCCACCUCUACAAGAAAAAGAACGCAAUCAAACUGCCGAAAAGAUUGAUUUAGAAUCCGUUAAUAAUCACAAGAAAGUUGAACAUCUGCCCAAAAUUAUCGAAAAACAAAAAGCUCAAGCAAAUGAUAAAAUGAAAAAAAAGAUUUCCGAACCCAGGCAAAAUAAAGCGAGUACGUAUAGGAUGGCCCUUAAACAAAAUUCUGUCGGUACUUCGCAACAAGAAAAUAGGUAUAACGACGAUUAAAUAUAGAAACUAAAAUAUGUGAUCUAAUGUUUUGUA